CCGAUUCGUGGUGACGACAUCGCCCGGCGACCAUUGCCAAGAUGGCGGCACCCAGUCCCAAGCCUUCGACCGUGGCAGAAUGGUCGCGGCUGAGACGACUCGUGCUGACGAGAUGAAUCCGUCGUUGUCAACGCGUGCCAGGAAUCUCCUCCAGGCCGAGGAGCCGAACCGCCCAUUGGCGGCCGAGCUGAUGAGGCGGCUGGUGCUGAUGCAGCUGAAACAGCUGAUGGAGCUGCGGAGGAGGAGGCUGGAACUGGAGCUGGGGCGGGUGAAGAUAAAGCUGGAGGCGUCCGGGUCCGGGAACAUCUCCCGCCGAGCUCCUGGCGGCCUCCGGGUCGGCCCCCGCCCGCCCUCCGCGCCCGUCCAGGAGACGGAACCACCGCCACCACCGCCACCACCGCCACCACCACCACCACCGCCGCAGAAGAAGAGGAGGAGAAGCUGCUCCCCCGGGUGGGCGUUUACGAGCCAGCGCGUGUUGUUGGCCGCCUUGGGCCACGGGCCGCCGGACUUCCACGGGCCGCCGGGAGGACGUAGAUUCGACGGGCCGCGGGGCCCCAGGGGCGUGCGGGUCGACGAGCACGGGGUUCCUCGGUUCGACGGCCCAUCAGACUUCGAGGCCGGGCCUCGGUACGCGACGGGAGCGGCCGCCCACGCCGCUCAGGCCGAGCAGGUGAACUCGCUCUUCUGGAAGCUCGUCGCCUCGGGAAUCCUGCAAGUCCAGGCGGCGACGGCGACCGCCAGCGUCGGCGGCACGGCCGACGACGCUCGUGCCGGGAGCGACGCUGGCGGCGCGACGGAGGAGACGUCCACCAGAGGUGAGGAGGCAUCCGCAGAGGACGACGACGACGACGACAUUCCGGACCUCUCCGGCUUCGCCAUCGAAGACCUCAAGCGGCGCCACGGCGGCGCGGUGCGGCGCCUCUACUCGGGUGUCCAGUGCCACUCGUGCAGCUUGCGCUUCACGGGGCGCCAGGCGAGCGCCUACGCCGACCACCUGGACUGGCACUACCGCGUCAACCGCGACAGCAAAGACCCGGGCAGCGAGGUCACGCACCGCCGCUGGUACCGCUCCUGCACGCCUCUCCCGUUCCCGGCUCCCACGGGAGCGACAACCCUCCUCCUAGGCCACGGGCUUCCCCCUGAAUACCGUCUCGGGUGA